UAUGAACGAGGACCAACAUAUUUUGUAGGACAUAAAUAUAUUUUAUGCAAUUAUCAAUUUCAUUCGAAAAAGAGAUGUGAUGACGAACAUGAUUUUUUUAUAAGUAGUGCCAUAUAUUUUAAAUUAUUAAAAAAAUUUUACUGUGAACAAUUAUAUUACGUUUAAAUUACAUUUUAAAGAUGUUUAACAUAAAUUUUAAUCGAAAACUGAUACCAAUAAAAUUUAAUUAUUUCUUUUUAUUUGGAUGUAUAGGGCCUAUAAUUGGAUUUUUACCUACGAUAGCGAAACAAUUGGGAUACUCAAUAACCACAUAUGGUAUUACUAUGACUUUUAUGUCGAUAAUAUCAAUGGUAUUAUCACCUGCAGCUGGUAUAAUCGUCGACAGAUUCCGUGUGAAAAAAACAUUAUUUUUUAUAGUAACACUAUUGAUAGGCGUAAUUUCAUUUUUCUUCAUAUUUGUACCAAAAGUGCCUUUGGAGGUGGGCGUGGAAAUGAAAUGUGACUCGGAAAUUAUUUUGAUUGUUCGUGCUGAUAACGUUCAACAAAAUACACAUAAUACAUCAAUAUUCAAUCCCGAGAAGAAAGAUGAACUUAUCACAUGCAAGUUAAUUUGUCAAAAUACGAAGUUAUAUGACCAUCAAAUAAAUAAGUUGAAUAACCAAUCCGAUUUCAGUGAUUAUUGGAUGACAACUACCAAAAAUAUAAACGAGAACGAUCAUAAUCGGAUUGAUGUUACAUUAAAAUUGAAAGAUAUGGAACAAACUGAAAGUUCGUACGUUUUCCAUCUAUUGUCUAUUCAAAUGAAUGGUACGGAAAUUCCUGUAACAUGCAAAUGUAAUUUAAAAACAUUUUGCCACAUCACAGCAUGUUCUAAUGAAGCUAUAAUGCGCGUGGCCACUAUACCAACAUAUAGAGGAAACGUUCUUAAUUUGUAUCAAUUUUGGAUUUUUUUCUUUAUUUUAUCUACAUUGUCUGCUUGCAUGGUUAUAGCAACAACUUUACAAAAUCCAAUUUGUCUUGAUCUUUUAGAAGACAAGCCUGAGGAUUUCGGAAAACAAAAAUGUUGGGCGUCAACUGGUUGGGGAACUUUUUCUAUAUUCAUUGGAUGGCUUGUGGAUUGGUUUAGCGUUAAUAAGAAUGAAAAAGAAUAUUCACCAGUUUUUUAUUCAUGUAUUUUACUCACAAUUUGUAAUUUAUUUGUCAUUUAUAAAAUCAAAAUGAUUGAAACAAAAAAAUCCGAAGGAAAAUGGAAGAAUGUAUGUGGACUGUUUACUAAACAUUAUGUGAUUGCAUUUUACGUAUGGUCAAUAUUCAACAGUUUUUUCCAUACAAUUGUAACUCACUUUCUAUUCUGGUACAUGGAGGAUUUGGUUUUAGUUAACAAUGACCACAAACAACGAGCAUGGAUAAAAACACUUCAAGGUCUAGCUCAAGGCGUUCAAUGUUUUGGAGGUGAAAUACCAUUUUAUUUUUGGUCCGGUUGGAUAAUCAGAAAGAUGGGUCACAUUAACUGCAUGGCUUUGGUGCUGGGAUCUAUGGCUAUCAGAAUGUAUCUUUACACAGUCAUCUGGAAUCCAGCUUGGAUUAUUGCAAUUGAGUUAUUGAAUGGCAUAUCAUAUGCAUUGGGACAGUCUUUGAAAAUGUCCUACGCAAAAAUUAUGUCACCUAAGGACGCCACUAACACUAUAAUUGGGAUAAUAGCAUUUUUCGAUUGCAUAGCUGAAUCUUUAGGUAGUCUAUUGGGAUCAUAUUUAUUCGAUUCAUACGGUGGAGUGUGGUCAUUUCGAUUUUUCGCCUACAGUUCAGCUUUUAUGUGCUUUAUAAAUAUACUAAGCAAUCGUUUUGGAUUAACAAAAGAUUUGACAAAUUUUAAUUUUGUCACAGUGUCUAUGAUAGAAAAUAACAAAGAUGAUGAUGAUGAACUUCAUUAAGGACUAAUUAACUUCAUUAACAACUUGUUAACAAAAACUAAUUUAAUUUUACUGAAUAUAUUAUUUUAUAAAAAAUUGUAAAAAAAUGUAAUUUUAUUAUGCAGAACAAUUCUAAUAUAAUAAAACGAUGAACAAAAUCUUACA